AUGAAGUUAAUUAUCUCUAAGAAAAAAGUGAGGGAUGAUGGCCCCUCCACCUCUGAUGCCAGGCCCUACAGGGCCCUUCCUAAGAAGAAAAAGCGGGCAUACACAGAGGAGCUCAUUGCUGAGAGCGAUUCUUCCCAGUCCAGUGACGACGAUGUGCAGGAAUUGCUGCGUCAGAACCGCAUCCUGCAGCGUCGCCUGGCUAGGGCUAAGGAGCGCUUAGAUAAGUCUAAGUCCCCUUGUCGACGCUCCCGCGAGGGUAGGCAUAAGCAUAGGUCACCGGUUUCAAGUUCAUCAGACAGCUCCUCCAGCCCUGAUUCGCGCAGAACACGUUGCAGGAAGAAGAGGUCUUGCAGAUCGAGGAAGCAUGGGCGUAAGUGUAGGAGGGACUCUUCAGAUUCUUCAGAUCUUUCAGGUACAUGUGAUUCCUCCUGUGGCGAGUUGGAAGAACGGUGCAAAGGGUACUGCGUUACUACCCACAAGGCCCCUAGCCUGCCUAGUUGGAUAUGGGAACGUCACACCCGGCGCCAUCGCCGUGCCUUUGGGGCCAAGGAACCAUUUGGGGAGGAUGGGCUUGAUGCGAAAGGGAAGGUGCGGGCAUCUAACUUCAAGACCACGGAUCAGCCUCCUGGCAUCCGGCUUAAAAAGAAUAUACACAACCGCAUUCUAAAUGGGGAAUUUGUGGACUUGUUUGCCCUGAUCUCCCCAGCUUAUUCUUGUAGUUCCAAGUUUAAGCCGAAUUGCAUCACAAGAAGGAGAAGGCAGUGGAUAUUGAUAGAACUUUUGACAAUUGGCUAG